AGGUCAGUGAUGUAGUACGGGGCAGUAUAGUGGACGGCUUUGUACGUCAGUGUUAGGAUUUUGAAUUUGAUCCGUUGUGCAAUCGGAAGCCAGUGGAGGGAUUGGCAGAGGGGGGUGGAGGCCAGUGGAGGGAUUGGCAGAGGGGGAUGGAGGACACUGAGUGGAGGCCAGUGGAGGGAUUGGCAGAGGGGGGUGGCGGAGAUGGAGCGGCAGGCCAGUGAGGAGGGAGUUGCAGUAGUCGAGUCGUGGAGUCUGCAUGUUGCGGAGGUGGAGUCUGCAUGUUGCGGAGGUGGAGUCUGCACGAGUUUGUUAGUGAUUGGACUUGGGGCUGGAAGG